GUGAGCAGGAGUGGCGCUCGGGGGGCUUUAAAUAGGAACUGUCUCCAAACUUUGCGACAACAGAGCAUCUGAAAACUUCCAGGAGCUCGAAGUUUGAACCAGAAUGGAGGUCAACAGGCGAAUGGGGAUGAGAGACACCGUGCUGGCGCUCUUUCUCGCUGUCUUGCAGGGAUUUCCUCUCGGGGAUACGGUCCCGAACCCAUCACCUCUGGUUGGAUCCACCUGGGGGAACCCAAGGAGAUACGUCCACCUGCAGACAUCCACAGACCUCAAUAACUUCUACUUGGAGAUCAGAUUAGAUGGGAGUGUGCGCAAAACUACGUCCAGGAGCACCUAUAGUGUGAUUCUACUGAAAUCUGAAGCAAGAGAUCGUAUCGCCAUCCUCGGCGUCAAAAGCAGCCGUUACCUGUGCAUGGACCUGGAGGGCAAUCCGUUCAGCUCUCCUGUCUGCCUUCGGGAUGACUGUCUGUUCAACCACAAGCUCCUGGAGAACAACCGGGACGUGUACUACUCCAGCCGGACCGGCAUCUUGUUCAACCUGGAGGGCUCCCGACAGGUGUACUCGGCGGGUCAGAACCUGCCGCAGACCUCCCUCUUCUUGCCCAGGAAAAACACCGUACCACUGGAGCGCCUCCUGCUGCACAGGGAGAAGAGAAACCGAGGGCAGACAGAAGAGGGUUCGGAUUCCCAGGCCGUGCCCGAGGAGCUGGAGGAAAGGGAGGUGGAAAUGGAGACGGAAAUAGAAACAGAGGUCGGGGAUGACGGACGCAACGUGUCCCGGGAGAAACUCGCGGCUCCAUCCAGCCAAGACCCCUGGAACGUGCACUUCUCCAACCCGGCCAGCCCCCGGAGCGCCGGGACAGUUGGCUGAGAAAGACCACGGUAGCCUUCAGUAGUCUACGUGAGUCUAUAGUUUAACAUUUUAGUUUAGAUCAUACAAGAGAAAAAAUAUUAACAUGAGACUUCAUGGAAAAAUGAAAGCAGAACAAUAAGGUCGUUCCCUCUUUUUCACACUGACUUAAAAACUUUUUUAGUCACGAAUCAUUCAGCAAUGCAGUGUGUUUAUACACUGAAUGUACAAACUUGACUUGCAACUCUUUUUGCACAAUUUAUAUUGUCUUUAAAUUCACCUGCGCCUGCAGCCUUCUCUUUCCUUUUAAUUUAGUUUUCACGCAGUUGUAAAUAUAGAUUUUAAGUCGAGGGACGUGUGUUUUAACCUGUAUUCACUUUUAAAAUAAUAUCUUAGGUGUCCAGAUGUUCCAGCUGGCAUGCUCUCACGCUGAGCAUUGAUCAGGAUUUCUUUCGGAAUAUUAUUUGGUUUCUCUCACAAAAUCACCAGAGCCCUUCAAAUUAAUUACCCCCAAAUCAGUGUACAUGUGUGCGCAAUCUUUGAUUUUGUGGUUUCUUCUCAAUGAGGUUUUUACAGCUGAUCUGAGAAACCCACAUUUCAAAAGUGACACUGAUGUUUUUUCCCAUGAUAGAAGCUCAACUUAGCCUGCAUCUAGAAUACUGAAGGCACCAUUUAAUGGUUUAAAACAAAAAGAAAGCGAUAUAUAUAUGACGAACAUACUAUAAAGUUUUUAUUUGGUAGGUUAAGAUUAAAUAUUUGAAAGUCCUGUGUGGUUUUUAACUUCUUAAAUUGGAAUUAAACAGGGAAACCCCACAACUUUUCACUGCCAUCACUCAUUUGUGUAUCCUCCACCAGUCUUUAAUACAUGACUUGAAGGAAUAUAUGUACAGGGUAAAUAACCUUUACAGAUGUCAACUCCUAACUCCAGUUAUGUGACUUUUACAGGUGCUGGGCGCCACCAGCAAACACAAAAAACAGUCCCAAAGAGUAUUUAUUUAUUUAAAUCCAUUCCUUCGUUUUAUUUAUUUGUGAGACAGUUCAAAUGUACAUAAAGGGAAACUUGGUUUGUCUUUGAAUGUAUGAGCUGGGGUCUUGGAUGGAGUGUUGCUUGAAUUUGGGACAAAAUAAAGUAAUAAAAGAAAAUACGUUCUGUGUUUGUGAGUUGUUUUUGUGCGCUCUGUUUUUGGUAAAUCUGUUAAUGUUUUACUUUAAAGGUAUUUUUCAUACCAUAUGUGUUGAUUAAGUUCAGUUACUUUAGAUAACAGCAAACAAAAGUUUAACUCUUUUAUAAUCUUUGAAACAAAGCUGCAAAUGUAAUAUGUAAGACUGAUGAUCUAAUCAAGAAGAAAUUAUCCAAAUAUGUUAGCUUAUUUAUAAAACUAGCCAUUUUCUUUCAUGUGAAGCACUACUGACGAUCGACCAGUCUUUGUUUGUACCUCACUUAAGGUAAAGCAAUGUUAGAUGGUGCAAUGCUUAUCCCACAUAUCUUGAGAGAUUAUAGAUCUUCUUUUCAGGCUUCUAAAUUAUGCUUGAUUUUGAAUGCUGAGUGGCAAUGAGCUUUUAAAAACUGUAAUAGCUCUCUAUAUGAGGUUCAUACUGUAGAUGUAUUGGAUGUAAUUUAUAUGUUAGGAUCCCUGUAGUGAUUUAGGUUAGUAUGAUCACGUAUGUUAAGAAUUUCCAUGUUGUAUUUGGUGUGUAUAAUGUGACAUUUGGACUUCUUUUUAAAAGCCGUAAACAGUUUUGGGCGAGUUCCAUUUCACAAAUACCUAUUUUAUAUAUCAUU